AACCAUUGUGUUUAUUUGGGAGGGGGAACAGGAGACGCCCAGUGGCAGAUCCGGGACAGACAAUCACAGGGACGGGACAGAUUUGUACAGAAAGAGGGAGCUGGAUGCCAAAAUGUCUGAUCUUUCCAACGAAAAUUCUGCAGAACAUCCAACUGACUCCCCAGAUAUUCCAGAAUUGGCCAGGGCCAGGCACUUUGAGCACAUUGCCCACAUGAACGUGUUCGACUCCCACUUGUGGCCCCUGAGGAUCCCUGUCAAGCUGUGGCCCCUGGGCCCCCGAUCAACCAAACCAGGAUCUCAUUUGUCUGUGCCUGACGCAGGGCCCGCGAAUAAAGGAGACGACGAAGAUUCUGCGUCAGGAAGAGAAGAUAAUGUGUCUCUGCUAUUGGACCAAGUAAGACGAGAUCUUCAGCAGAUGAAAGGGCAGAGCGAGGAGGAGGAGGAGGAGAACUGGCCAAUCACAUCUCCCAGGAGAGAGACAGCGACAAAAAGUGGCAGAAAGAAUGCGCCGGAGAGGAAAAAGAAAUCGGGGAGGACACAAAACCCGGACAAUAGGGAGGAAGAGGGAUGGGAGAGAGCGAAGGGCACGGUGGAAGAAUUCUUGGACUUCCCAGGAAUCAUCUCAGCCUUGUCUCACAGGAAACGCACGGAGCCAAACGCCAUCUGGACAAAGGCUUCAAUACAAAGUGAUCAAACAGAGAAGCGCGAGCCGGCUUCAAUACCCAACACCAGGCACAAUGCCCUAUUCCUGCGGGACUACCAGGCGACUCCAUAUUGGCAAAUACUAGCCCAGCGCCCGGGGACAGAGACAACGAGUUUUGAACUUGGUCAGAGUCGCACAAGUCCAUCUGGGAAAUCACAACCGCGUUCUCCUAUAAGAAUGGGCUCAGCACAAGAAGAACUGGCCAAUGGGAAGCCUGAAUGCCCAUCCCCCAGCUGCUGAAUCCAAUAUCAGCGCAGCACAUGCCACAAAGUGCCACCGGAUUCACACUCAUUGGGGGUCAUUUACUAAAUGGUUGCAUUUAAAGUGACAGUGUCCAAAAAAGCUCAGUACAGUGAUAUCACAACUUCAUGCUCUACACAUUUACUCUGCAUCAUCAUCAUCUCUCCUAUUCAUAUUCCAGUCUCUUAUUCAAAUCAGUCCAUGGUUGCUAGGGGAAUUUGGACCCUAGUAACCAGACUGCUGAAACUACAGAGCUGCUGAAUAAAAAGCUAAAUA